AUGGAAAGACAAAACAGUCGGCGUCGAAGACCGCCCCGCACCCAAGACUCCCAGCAAUCACCCCAAAAGGCCACCUCGUCGGAGCCGAGCUCUCGCCCGUUGCUGAGCUGGGUUCUGAUCACUCUCUUGGUGUUGAUUUUGGCAUAUUCGCUUCGCCCGGAUAUCUACCUGCAAUCAUGGAUCGGUCCACUGAUAGGUCAUGGUCAUGGCCAUGGCCAUGACGAGGAAGCCUCAAUUCGGCCGUAUAUCGAAUUGCAUCCCGAGGAUCAUGUGUUUCGUGCUCCUGUUACUCACCAUUUGGAUUGGCGCGUUACAAAGGACGAACGCAGGCCUGAUGGCGUCUUGAAGAAAGUCUUUCUCAUCAACGGUGAGGCUUCCACCGACGGCGAUGUUCUGCUCUCUAGCGGUCAUCUGUUUCCAGGUCCCACCGUUGAGGCUCGUUCAGGUGAUACAUUGAUCAUCACCGUUACCAACGCCUUGUCAGAGCACCCGGUCGCUCUUCAUUGGCAUGGCCUUCAUGUAGCGAAUUCCAUGGAUGGAGCAGCGGCGGUAUCACAAUGCCCCAUAGCGCCAGGCGCCCAGUAUGUCUAUAACGUCAGCAUCCCUGAAGACCAGAGCGGAACGUUUUGGUAUCAUGCGCACUCCGGGUUAUCGAGACAGGAUGGUUUGUUUGGCGGGUUGGUCGUUCAUGCACCGGUGUCCAAGUCGACAGUCCGAGGGCUGAUGGGCCGAGGGGGAAGGGAUGCUGAUCGAUUUGGAUAUGAGAAGGAGCAUCUGUUGCUCAUUGGAGACUGGUAUCACCCGCCCGCAGAAGAUGUUCUGGCUUGGUACCAGGAUCCAGGCAAUUUCGGGAACGAGCCGGUCCCAGACUCGUUGCUCAUUAACGGAGUCGGCUAUUUUGACUGUGGUAUGGCUGUACCUGCUCGUCCUGUAGACUGUGUCGAGGACCAGACAAAACCACCGUUUCUUCAUCUUGACCUUAGCGCGUCCUCCCGAAUACGCGUCGUCAACACAGGGGCCCUGGGAGGUUUCACUCUUGUAUUCGACCAAGAGAGCCUCGAGCUGCUUCAGGUGGACAGUGUUGAUGUGGAGCGACCACAGCAGGAGGAUGUCAACUCGGCCGGGAUUUUGUAUCCUGGACAGCGCAUGGAUUUUGUCCUACGCCCACCUCCCAGUGCAGCAGAGGCAAGGUCAUCAUCCAUGAUGGUGAAAUUGGAUCAAGGAUGCUUCAAGUACAUGAACCACGCAUUAACCCCCGAUCAAACCUUCGCCAUUCACUACUCAAACACAUCCAAAAUAGUCGAUGACGCGACUUUAAUACCUAGCAUCCGCAAUGAAUGGAACCUGGAGAAAAUCCCAUCGUCCGCUUCUGUUCUCGCAAAACUCCCCGAACAAGCUGACGAAACACAUGUCGUGUACACCAAGAUCCAGAAGAUGGCCCGACUCCGCAACAUGCCCUAUGGCUUUUUCAAUAUGACGAUUUGGAAGCCUCAGAGCGAGCCCCAAGUCCCACUCAUCGCCCUCCCCCGCGAGAGCUGGGAUUCGAACCAGUUUUCAAUUACCACGGGGCCAGGCCCAACAUGGGUAGACCUUGUGGUCAACAACCUAGAUGAAGGCCCCCAUCCAUUUCACAUGCACGGCCACCACUUCUACGUCCUAGCAACGCACGAAUCCACCUUUGGAUGGGGCUCAUAUAAUCCCUUUGAAGACGUCAUUCCUACCGGUUUCGACCCAGACACCGAUCCCACCCAGCCCUACGACUUAUCUCGUGCCGCACUGCGCGAUACUGUCCAGAUUCCCAGCCGCGGGUACGCGGUUCUCAGAUUCAAGGCUGACAAUCCGGGUAUCUGGCUCUUCCAUUGUCAUAUUCUUUGGCACUUUGCUACGGGGAUGGCGAUGCUUAUUGAUGUCCAAGGGGACCCGGCUGGACUGGUCGCACAUGAUACAUCUGUGCUUCCAGCGGGAGCACAGAUUUGUCCUGGGUCAGCUUAA